AUGUUAAGAAGUGAAAAAAUGAAAUUAGUAACAUUAUAUUUGAGUAAAGAUAAUGCCAGAAAGUGUAUUACAGAACUUGGUGAUAAUGAGAUAGCACAUUUUAGAAAUUUAAAUGAUACUAUAAAAAGUGACAAAUUACUUUAUAUUAAUGAACUUAAGCAUAUUGAAAAGCUACAAUCACGUCUUUCUUUUCUUGGAAAAGAAGUAGAAAAUGUUGAUUUGACUGAAGUUAAAAAUAGUGAUUUAGAUUCAGUAGAAGAAGCCAUUAAUAAAUUUUAUAAUAGAAUGGUACAGCUUAAAACAAUUAAAAAAGAAACACAUUCAAAUUUAAUAAAAUUGAAAGAAGAUUUACAUAUGCUGGAAGAUAUGGAAAGAUUUGUUUCUGAAGUUGGUGCGAAUUCAGAGAAAAUGAAAUUUGAAUUUAUUACUGGGAUUGUUGAUAGAGGCCAAAAAUUUUUAAUAAAGAAAAUACUGCAUCAAGCAUUAAGAAGAAAUAUAGUUAUUAAAACUAGAGAUAAUGAUAAACAUCAAAAAGUUAUUUUUAUAAUUUUUACACAUGGAAAAGAAGCGUUAGAUAAAAUGAAUAAAAUUUUUGUAUCUUUGGGUGGACGUAUAUUAGAUAUGGAAAAAUAUACUGAACCUAAAAAGAAUUUAUUAGCACUUACUAGUGUUAUUAGUCAAAUUGAAAAUGUUGAAGAUUUUAAUAAAGAAGCAAUGAAAAAUGAAGUUGAAAAAAUUUCACAGAUGUAUUUAACACUAAAAUAUUAUGUUGAUAAGGAGAGUAAGAUAUAUAACACUUUAAAUAAAUUUAAUUUUGAUAAAGGUAGAGAUAGUUUGAUGGGAGAAGCGUGGAUAAGAGAAGAUGAUUAUAAUAGACUUCAAAAGCUUUCAGAAACAUCCGAAAAUUCAGAUUGGCAUUUUGUGUUUGAAGAUAAUACAGAUGUAACGGAAGAUCCACCUUCUGCAUUUAAGUUAAAUAAAUAUACAGAAGUUUUUCAGGAUUUAAUUAAUGUUUAUGGUGUACCAUCAUACAGAGAAAUUAAUCCUGCAAUUUUUAUGAUCUUUUUAUUUCCAAUGCUUUUUGGUGUGAUGUUUGGAGAUAUUUUUCAUGGAAUUAUUCUUGUAUUUAUGGCUUGGUAUAUGAUUAAACAUAAAGAAAAACUUUAUAAGAAAUAUAAAUCAUUUACACUGUUGAUAGACGGUAGAUAUGUUUUAUUUUUAUGUGGAUUGGCUUCUAUUCUUUUUGGUUUUUUAUAUUCAGAUAUUACAUCUUUUCCUUUAAAUUUAUUUGGAGGUAGAAUAAAAAAUCGGUCUUCCUCAGAUGAUAUUUAUCCAUUUGGAUUAGAUCCUGAUUGGCAUGGAGCGAAAAAUGAAAUGGAAUUUACAAAUUCUGUUAAAAUGAAAUUAUCAAUUGUUAUUGGGUUUCUUCAUAUGGGACUAGGUGUAGUGUUAUCUUUUUGUAAUGCAUUUUAUUUUUCUAAUUAUGUUGAUUUAUAUUGUGUUGUUAUUCCCCAGGCACUAGCAUAUGUUGCAUUUUUAGGAUAUCUUGUAUUUUUAAUUGUUUAUAAGUGGCUCUAUAUUGAUUUAUCAAAAAACAUUAAUCCGUCACUUAUAUCUACACUUGUUCUAAUGUAUACUAGUCCAUUUAAUAUAAAAGAUCCUCUUUAUUCUGGGCAGAUGUAUGUCCAACUUUUCAUGAUGUUUAUACUUUUUAUUUCCUUGCCUUGGAUGUUCUUUGCAAAGCCGAUAUAUUUAUUUAAAAAGAAGCUUGUGAAAAGUGAAGACACAUUAGAUAUUUGGAUGAAUUCGGGAAUACAUACUAUAGAAUUUGGUAUUGGUUUGAUAUCUAAUUCAUCAUCUUAUUUAAGAUUAUGGGCUGUAUCACUUGCUCAUGCACAGCUAACUAAGGUUUUAGUAGAAUUUACCAUUGGGUUAAAUAAUUAUGUUUUACAAAUAGUACUUUUCCCAAUAUUUAUGGCUUUAACAUUUGGGCUGUUAAUAGGAUUAGAAGGGUUGGGAUCUUGUUUACAUGCACUUAGACUUAAUUGGAUAGAAUUUCAUUCUAAAUUCUAUAAAGGAGGAGGAUACAAAUUUGAACCGUUAUCUUUCAAACAAGUUAUUGAUGAUUAA